GCGUUCUGAUCUAAAAAUAUCCAGAGUACAACUUAUUCAAGCAGUUAUCUUGUGACUAUGAGCACAAAUGAAGGACGUCUGAUUUAGACGUUAAUUCGUAUUAGUUUAACUUCAAAGAGAAAUGGGUCCAGCUUUGGUAAUUUCCUUGACAUUUGUUUGACUUCCCUGGGAACUCGCUCCACUUCCAGUACAGGUUUCCACUGAUUUUACCUUCAUGGGAUUGAUGGUAGGGGGUCAUGUCCAAGGACACGUUUCCCUUCUCCUCUACCUCACUGCGCUCUCUCAGACUGGAGCAGGAGCUCCAGGACUGGGAGGAUGAACGGCGAGCUUUGGCUCACAGGAGAGCCAUGAUCAGGCCCCCGGUGCCUCGGGCCCCGCGGCUCCCUCCCAGGCAGCCGCGGCUCCAAGAGGUCAGAGCCCCUCCGCCCCAGAUCCGCUGCAGAGACGUGAGCGUCCACAACACCUUCAUGUGCGGGGACAUAAGGGGAGUUCACGCUGUGCUGAAGGACCCUGCCAUGGUCAACGCCCUGAUGGAGACAGUGCAUGAGGAGAUGGUGUGGACUCCAGAGAUGGGCAUGUGGACCCUGAGCUCCAAGGUGAAACGCACGUCGGCCUUACGCCUGGCCGCCAGCCGGGGACACGCAGCCUGCGUGGAGGAGCUGCUGUUCCGUGGAGCCGAGGUGAACGCCGACCCUGGAGGCAACACUGCGCUCCACGAUGCCUGCGCAGGGGGCCACUCCGUCUGCGUCCAGCUGCUGCUGUCCCAUGGAGCAGAUCCUGAGGUGCAGGCGGCGGAUGGCAGCGCUCCUCUUCACCUCUGCGCCUCUGCCCAGUCAUUCCACUGUGCCAAGCUGCUUUUAGAAAGAGACGCGGACGUCAACGUGAGGAGCCGGGAGUCGAGGCUCACGCCUCUGCAUGUGGCUGCGCAGCGAGGCCUGGAGGAACACGUCGAGCUGCUUCUCAGCCACGGAGCAGACGUCUUAGCCACUAAUCGAGAGGGGGAGACGCCCCUGAACGCUGCGUGCUCCGGAGCGGAGAGGCCGUCUGAGGCCGGCAGGUACCUGCGUGUGAUCCAGAGGCUGCUGGAUGCGGGCGCUAAUCCCCAAACUGCAGGCAGGAAGCAACACACCCCGCUGCACAACGCCUGUGCAAACUGCUGCCCCAGGAUUGUGGAUGUCCUCCUGCAGCACGGAGCAAAGGCCGAUGUGGAGAACUGUGCAGGAUACACACCAAUGGACUGUUUGCUCCAGGUUGUGGAAGAUUACCCGACUCAGCAAUCUGAAGCAAUAGCCCGAUCCCUGCUGAACUAUGGAGCCAAACCUGUUUCCCCGAAGAUGCUGAAACAUCUGGCCUUGUAUCCUGACGUUCUGCUGGUGAUGCUGAACUCGUACACAUCCUUCCCACCCUGUGAGUGGCUGGACGCCCUGUCUCCUGACACGCUGCCCCAGGAGCACCUGCCGUUCUUCCACUCCGUGCGUCAGAGGAGCGCUCAGCCUCCAUCCCUGCAGCAUCUCUGUCGAUGUGCUUUGCGUCAGCAUUUAGGAGCCCGGUGUCACUCAGCUGUCUGCAAACUGGACAUUCCUGGCUCACUGAGGGAUUAUCUGCUGCUCUACAACAGCUGAACUCUCCACUGAUCGUCCAUACUGUCACAUCGGCAACGCGCUUGCAUGCAGCUAGUCGUUGCCUUUACAUGUUAAAUUGUUGUUACUGGUUUUAAAUUGAACUUGUGAUAAAUGUUCGUCGGAUAACACUGAUUCCUUGAAAUUUAAAUUCUCCUUGGUCCUCACAAGCGAUGCUUUCCGGAUAUAUGGUGCCUUGGAAAACUAUACGUGUUUAUACCACCAAAAGUACACAAAUAAAUAAAAAUAAAACACUUUCAAAAGUAAAAAUCUGAAA